UGUUUUGUAAAGCACUAAAGCUAUCCGUGACGAUAACAUAUUCGGUCGGAAAUCUUACGCGAUUCGACCGCAUAGAACUUUAUCUUCCUCAGCCAGAUACGCAUAGAUAAGGUAGGUUAAAAAAAUCCGGCCGCUUACGAGCCACCGGCGGCUUCGACGUAGUACCUUAACGAAGUCUCCGGCAAGGGCUUCAUAAUCGACCUGGGGCUACCUAAGCAGCCUUUGUUGGGAAUUGAUUCUGGAAAAAAAAGGGACAAUGUACUCACAUAAUUGUUGUUUUUUUACUUGGUACCACUUGCCAGUAACAUGUUACUACUGAACUUAUGUUUCUUACUGCCCCUAUGUCAAGCCAUAUAUAUUUAAGUGCUUGUGGAAUUGCCCAAAAAGUGCAGUUUGGGUUUAUGUAUAGAAUUUGGUGGAUUCGGUUAAAUAUAUGCAAAAAAAGUUUCUUGGGCUAGAUAAACAUGUUGUAUCAACUGAUUUGGAAUUGUUAGGCAUGGAUAAGGGAAGUAGCAUGCAACGGAAGGGGAGGACCAAGAGGGAGCGAAGGACUUGGACUAACCUUGAGGAGAAUGCAUUUGUAGAUUGCUUGGAAGAAGCAGUUUCCAAGGGCUUCCGGUGUGGUAAUGGUACCUUCAAGGCUGGGACAUUAACGAUGAUUUGCGCAGCAAUGAAUGCUAAAUUCCCUAAUGCUAAUAUUAAAGUCAAACCUCACAUUGAGUCGACAAUGAAAAGGUUGAAGACAUCCUAUAGCUUGGUUUGUGAUAUGAAGAAUAUGCGUAGUUUUAGAUGGAAUGACGAAAGGAAGUGUAUUGAAGUUGACAGUGAUGAUAUAUGGGAAGCUUAUGUCCAGAGCGAGCCACGGGCGAAGAAACUUCGAGGCAUGCCAAUGCCACUGUUCGAUAGACUUGCAAAUGUCUUUGAUAAAGAUAUUGUACAUGAACAAGAAGCAGAAGCCCCUGCUGCUGUGGUUGAGGAGUUGCAUGGUGAAGAAGAGAGAGACGUAGAUAAUGUUCAAAUGGAGCAUGCUAACCCUUCCAUGUCCGUUAACCAAUCACAAUCUGCUACGAGCAAUAAAGAAACAGGAAGUCGCGACAGAAAAAGGACAAAGAGUGAGGAACGGCCAGAAAGGACAAAGAGUGAGGAUAUGAUUUGUAGCAGUAUCUCUGAACUUAAGAAAGAAAUUACAUCAUCUUUUAGCCAGGUCAGCGAACAAUUGGAAAUGAUAGUCCACGAAUUGAAACAUAUGAAGGACAAUUAUACUGACCAAAGAAGUGACAGAAGAAGUGUUCCCAAGGAGCUGAAGAACAUGGAUCUUACAAAUAUGGAGCGUGUGACUGCUGCAAGAAAAAUCAUGGAAAAUCCAGGAAAUGUGUAUUUGUUCUGGGAAUUUGAGGGAGAUGAUAGGGUUUUAUUUGUGAAAUCUUUCUUGCAAUGAUCAUGUAUUUUUGACUGGGUUUUCAUAACGUGCUACUGUUUACAAAUUAGACAUGUAGGGAUGCUGCAACUUUAUUGCAACUUACUUGGAUGUCUUUGCUAGAUCCCACUACUGUGAGUCUGUGACUAUUGCUUAUGUAAAUUAAUCCUUACAUUUACGAAGUGUUUACUAUAAUUACGUUGUUAUCUCCCGUUUAUGUCAUUCU